CGCUGACGCAGAAGGCAGAGGCAGUCGCUUCGUCGUCCUGCAGCAACGCACACAGCCCCGUACCACACUCCUCCAGACUCGUCAAGAACGCCGCCUCCACCUAGCUACCUAGCGACCUACCGUUCAAUUACCUCCACAUCACCACCACCACCACCACCCCCCAAUCCAUCUAUCCACCGUGCCAAUCAACUGAAAGUAAUUAUUAUAUGUAUAUGAGAGAAAACAUUUGGGGUCAUUUGUUAAGUCUCGUUUGCCGUGCUGCAGCGUUAACAGUUAUCCGGAAAGUGAGUCUCAAAAAAAAACGUCGAGCGGCCAGCAAUUGACAGCACUCACUGUUACGGUUGUUAUGGUUAGUGUGCUGGAGAUAACGAGUUCAUCGAUUGGUUGUAGCGAAUUCACGGCUUUAUAACAUUAUAAAUGUUGAAGUUGUAUGGAGUAACGAUCUGGCUAUACACCCAUCUCUUUAUCUCGAUUAAUGAACACAACAUGAGGAUUAAUGUACUUAUUUUCAGUUGAUUGGCUGCAAUUGAGUCUAUUAUUAGCUCGGCUAUAAUUAUUAUUUAUCGUUCACAUUGUAAUUUUGAUUAUUUUUCUGUUAGGUUAUAUUUAUCACAGCAUACAUUUGUUGUUAUAUUUAUUGUUUUCUCUGGAUACAUCGAGUUAGACCCCGUAAGUCGAAGUGGAUUUUUCGACCUUCAUGGGCGAUAUGGGAGACUCGGCCAAGAAGCGGAGGAGAGCUGCGCUGUGCGUUGGCUGUGGCACGCACAUCCAGGACCCGUUCAUCCUGCGCGUGUCUCCGGACCUCGAGUGGCACGCCGCCUGCCUCAAGUGCGCCGAGUGUGGCCAGAGUCUCGACGAAACGUGCACAUGCUUCGUGCGCGACGGCAAGACCUUCUGCAAGCGCGACUACAGCAGGCUGUUCGGGAUCAAGUGCGCCAAGUGCAACGCGUCGUUCAGCAAGACGGACUUUGUGAUGCGCGCACGCUCCCACAUCUACCACAUGGAGUGCUUCCGCUGCGAGACCUGCUCGCGCCAGCUGCUGCCCGGCGACGAGUUCGCGCUGCGCGACGGCGGCGGACUCCUGUGUCGAGCCGACCAGCACCACGGCGGCGGUGGCGGAGGAGCAGGCGGUGGCGGCGCCGGUGGCGCCGGAGGCGGCGCCGGAGGCGGCGGCGGCGGCGGGCUGCUCGGAACGGCGCUGACGCGACCGGGCAGUCCGGUGCACACGUCGAGAAGUCUGCACCUGUCGGGACUCGUGGGCGGUGGCAUCGCUGGUGGUGGCGGCGGCGGCGGCGGCGGAGUUCCAGGGGGGAUUCCGAGCGGGCCGGAGAAGGCGACGCGGGUUCGCACGGUGCUCAACGAGAAGCAGCUGCAGACGCUGCGCACGUGCUACGCGGCAAACCCGCGGCCCGACGCGCUCAUGAAGGAGCAGCUCGUGGAGAUGACGGGCCUGAGCCCGCGCGUCAUCCGCGUCUGGUUCCAGAACAAGCGCUGCAAGGACAAGAAGCGCAGCAUCCUCAUGAAGCAGAUGCAGCAGCAGCAUCACGCCGACAAGACGAACCUGCAGGGCCUGACGGGGACGCCGCUGGUGGCCGGGAGCCCCGUGCCACACGAGGCGGCGAUACCGGGGAACCCCGUCGAGGUGCAGAGUUUCCAGCCAGCGCCGUGGAAAACGCUCAGCGAGUUCGCGCUGAGCAGCGACCUCGACCAGGGCCCGUUCCAGCACCUGAUGGGGUUCUCUGACGGGGGACCCGGAUCGAACUCCACCGCAGGGAGCGACCUUGGCUCCAUUCCCUCCCAGCUCCCGGACACCCCAAGCAGCAUGGUGGCCAGCCCCAUCGAGGCCUAAAACAACAACCCAGCGUGGCCGCGAGAACCAUGACCAACUCUACGGUGACUCCGAGCCUCUUCCGCUCAAAGCCCAGCAGCUAAGCGAGCCUCCUUUAAAGCGCUUCUGCUCAACGCCAUCACCCCAGUUUGUUUUUUUACGUAGCUUACGGAGGAGGCAUUGAAACUAAAUUAAAUUACCACGGGGGGUGAGAAAUCGGCUGUUGCGUCAUGGACAGCGACAACUGUUGAGUUUGGGUGGUGAAAAAAGGAAUUUGUUUCGUCAGAAGGAUGAACGUAGCUUUGUUUUGUCCGCCGUUCCGGAAUAUGAGCCACUUGAGGUCAUCUUUUAAGUUUAUUUCUAUCUCAAACGAAGAGGUCAUCGAUGAAUCUACAAUUUUCUUAAAGCUCUGGUCAGCCCGUACAUUCGGGAAUCGUUCGACUGUCAAGCCAGUGAGUGAGCAUCCUUUAUUUUAACCGGGGGACGAAUUAAACCUCUUGCGACACUUGCCACGUUACCUCUUGUGCAAGAGUGACCUGGGUAUAGUCACGGCUGUGAAUAGCCGUGGCUGUGGCAUGAAACAAUUAUUUUUGUUGUUGUUGUUUUUUGUUUUAUCGGAAGACACGGCGAGCUGGGGAAAGUGCAAGAAUGAAUUACAAACGACAAAAAAUAGUAAAAAAAAUUCGAAAGAAAAAUGUGAACGGACGUUCAGAAUCACACUGCAUUUCCCCGAUGCAACCGAAGCCACUUUUGAUUUAUUUAUAACUGCGUCACGACCCGCGGCUGAGACGCCGCAGCUUCCCGACUCGGCGCGAGGAGGCGUCGAUGUAAAAAAAAUAUCUCGGCAGACUAACAACCGAACCGUUAAAGUUUGACUCGCGACGGUCGUGAAGAUAAUCGUCCGCAACUGUUACUCCACUGUGUACGCGUGGGACGAAGAGCCACUGAAAAACUACAAAUGUGAAAAUUCUCAACUUGAAGGAACGGGAAGGAUUUGAAUGGGUGUG